AUGUGCCUCAGCAACAAGCACCAAGCAUCCGGUGGAAUUGGCGCAUCGCACGCCCCCCCUUCAAAAACGAGCGACGACCCGCCAUUAUGUCCCUGUGAGGGUUGUCAUCCAAGAUGUGGUGUUGAUUGCGUGUCCGCGACGAGGAGGGUAUCAUCGGUGAGGAAUGGGGACAGUGUGACGACCCAGGAAAUUGUGCAGAUUUUGCCUGACGCGAUAAAAAUACACGUGCAUGUAUCUCCUGGGUUGAAAGGACUGUCGAAGAGGAUGAAACAUACUUAUAACUUUGACUCAAAACCAGAGGUUGAAUAA